GUGGAGGAUUAUUUAGCUCUAAUCCAAUUCUCAGAGAUUUAGCUAAAGUUGUCUCUAGUUUCAGCUGUGAGUCCAGGGGCUUUGUGUUUGUUUCCGUCCUCUCGCUGUCGCGGUAUCUUCCUCCUUCAACCUCUCGCUGGUGUAGAAAGUGAAAGUCAGAUAACCAGACAUGCUGCACGGCUCAAUCCAUACAAAACAACACUUUGGUAAUGUAAUGUCAACACUCUCAUACGAAAGACAUCAGUAUGAAUCAUGGCCUUGUGGAAAUGUUCAGAGAGAAGUUAGACCGCCUCACCAUCUCAGAUUACCAUGGCUUGAAAAGUCCAGGUCUUACAUGCUAUUUAAACAGCAUUCUUCAGGUGCUUUUCAUGACCGAAGACUUCCGGGAGGCUGUGAAAGGAUGCUGCAGUAAAGAUUCAACAACCAUUGACCCUUCCCUGGGGAAACUGUUUGCCGAUUUACAGAAAAAAAUGGCCAAAACACAUCAAGUUAUAAAAAAACUGGAGAUCACAAACGUAUAUGAGCAACGUGAUGCUGCUGAAUAUUUUGAGAAGAUCCUAUGGCGGACCAGUCCAGACGCAUCCAAGAUAUUCAAGGGGGAGGUGAGUCACAAGACCACGUGCCUCAGGUGCAAAGACACACACGAUUCCAGGAGCUCUUUUUGGUUUCUGCCACUUGCAGUGGACAAUUCGUGUCAUCAAACUUACAGUGUGGAGAAAGGGUUGAAGGCAUUCUUUAAGGGAGAAAAAGUCUGUGGGGAUAACAAGAUGUACUGCACCCGGUGUAAUACAAAGCAAGAUGCAGACUUUGGAUGUGAGAUAACACAAAAUCCAAGGAUUUUGACCCUCCUGCUGCAGAGAUUCAGUUUUGACUACAAAUACAGGUGUUACGUCAAGCUUCACUGCAAAGUGGAUGUCCCCCAAACUUUACACAUGGAGAAUUGCAAAUAUGACCUCUACGCUUUAGUUAACCACUUUGGUAAUCUAAUAGGAGGUCAUUAUACUGCACAGAUCAAAUCUUUUGAAAAUAAGGAGUGGUAUCACUUCAAUGAUGACAUCGUUGCAGGGGUCAAACAGCCACUAUUUGGGUCUGGAGACAAAUCUUUGAGGUCUUCUACAGCUUACCUCCUCAUGUACAGGAAGGAUAACAGACAUUCAGAAGCUGAGGCUGAAGGAAGUCAUGACAAAGCAGAGAGAAGAAAGCCAAGUUAUCAUCAACCGAAGGAUGAAGACUUAAAUGGAGGAGAAAACGUGAAUCACUUGAAUUGUGAUGUGGUUUUAGAGAAACCGACAGACUGUCCAGUUGGACUGGGAAAUCAAUUAAAACAGAGACCCACGAGUGUGCGGCCACGCAAAGGGGUGUUGCUUCAAACAGACCCUGUAGCAGAUGGAAACAUUUACCAACCAGGUUUGCAAAUACAGAAGUCAAGUUUUGCAAAGCUGCAAACAGAUGGAGGACAAAAAAGUCAUGAGCCAAACAGAUAUCAGCUUGAGACAAACUCAAAGAAACACAUGUGUCAUCGCAUCAGUAAAGGGAGCCCCAUAGCAUGUGUUGCAACACAUAAUGCAGACUGUAUGUCAGAGCAAAACCAGAAAUCCCUAAACAAAAGACUGAAUGAGCCUACCUGGGAAUCAACAAACAAUAUUGUUGCAAAGACUGGAAUAAAAACAAAAAGUGUAACUGAUAGUAGCAUUACAACAAAUAGUGUCAACCCUGCAGAACCUAAAGCUGUGAAAAACAAAAGGGAGGUAGAAGGAAUGGGUUUUAAACAGAGCAGAGAGGCAGGUGUCGGUGCAAAUAUACUUGAUUCUGAUGUAAAGGCAAAUUAUGUGUCCUCCAAUGGCUAUUCUUCAUCUUCACAUCCAUACUUGACAGCACACGGGAGUAAAUUAAGCAUGAAUGCACAUACUGGGUGUAACUAUUCACAAAACCUAUGCACAAAAUCAAAGAGAGAAAAGGAGAAAAUGCAGCAUGUUGUGACCGCAGACAGUAGCCGCAAACUGGAGACCAAAAAAACUGUGACAAAGAGAGAAAAUACUGCAAGUUCUGGAGCGAAACGAAAUGCUGCAAAGGGCGGGAACAAAAUAUGGAGGUGACGAAAUAAUAAGGAUAAUAUCUGUACAUUUAAAUGAUGGGUGUUUUUUGUCACUUCAGUAUCUAGUAUUUUGUUAUGUUUAUGCUUUUUAAAUAUUACUCACUGAAAAUAUCCUUUGACACUGUUGGCUGUUGAUGUAAUAAUGUAAUAAUCUGUAUAGAGCACUUUUCAAUGACAAUGUUACAAAGUGCUUUCACAGGAGCAAAGAAAAUAAAACACAACAAACAAAAUAAGAUACAUGGUAAAAACAGUAAGAAAGUUAUGAAAUUAAAAUGUAGUUGAAAGAAAAAUACAUAAUUAAGAUUAACUAAAAUAAGGAAAGUCUCGUCUAUAAAAGUAUGUUUUAAGAAGGGACUUUAAAGAGUUCAAGGACUCAUUUCAAAUGAAUUCAAAUUAGCUUUAUUGGCAUGAAUGUGUUACAAUAAUAUUGCCAAAGCAUCAUACAAACUACAUAAGAACA